CACAUGUCUUACACGUCCACACUUCUUACGCAAAUAAUCCGUACACAGUAUCACAAUAUCACAGCUAGCCAGCCAGCAGUUAUCAGAACCAUCACGGACGCGUUUUACCGCACUUCCUUUUGUUUUUGAAAAUUCUGUCACAACGUGGUGGAGGCGAGAGCUAACUGACUGAUAAAUUGUUUGGGAAACGCCUCUCGCAGGCCAGACAGUACAUCAUGUCCCAUAAAUCCUGGCUGAAAAUGGUGCCCACGGAAGACUGUGAUAUCCUAAUGACAUUCUCAGACACCAUAGACGACCACACCUUGCUAUGGCUGCUGAACCACAUCCGACUGGGAAUCCCACAAGUUACAAUCCAGAUCCGACAGCAUCAACACACACAGGGCUACGCAUUCUUUAUUACAACCACAUUUGAGAACUUGCUGCGUGGUGCAGAGCUGACGGGGAUGCGCAAAGUGGUCAAACCACAGUAUGGAGGUGGAACACAUAGGUUUUCCUGUGCAGAGGACAAUAUAUACGAGAACAUAGAGAGCGAGCUGUGCUUUUUCACCUCCCAGGAGCGUCAGAGCAUCAUCAAGUACUGGCUGGACAACCUGCGAGCCAAACAAGGAGAAGUCCUUCACAACUUCCACUUCCUGGAGGGACAACCAAUCAUUCCAGAGCUGAUGGCCAGAGGAGUAAUCUAUCAAGUGUUUCCUCUACACGAGCAACGGAUCCUCAGUCAGCUGAUGACGUCAUGGGUCCAAGCUGUCUGUGAGAGACAGCCUUUGGAUGACAUCUGUGAUUACUUUGGGGUGAAGAUUGGCAUGUACUUUGCCUGGCUGGGUUUCUACACCAACUCCAUGCUGUACCCUGCAGUCAUUGGCUUCCUGCUGUGGAUCCUGGCUGAGGCUGACCAGACCAGCCAGGACAUCUGCUGUGUGGUGUUUGCCCUCUUCAACGUGGUGUGGGCGACACUCUUCCUGGAGAGGUGGAAGCGGAGAGAAGCCGAGCUAGCAUACAGGUGGGGGACACUGGACACUCCUGCCGAAUCCCUUGAAGAUCCUAGACCCCAGUUUCGGGGUGUAAAGCGGUGUAGCCCCAUAACAGACUGUGAGGAGUUUUACUACCCACCCUGGAAGAGGACGAUUUUCAGGUGGAUGGUCAGCCUCCCCAUCUGUCUCCUCUGUCUCUGCUUUGUCUUCCUGGCCAUGCUCGUCUGUCUGGAGAUGCAGGAGUUUGUGAUGGAAAUUAAGGAAUUACCCAGUAUCACAAGAUUCAUUCCUAAAAUUUUUCUGGCCGUCGUUGUGACUAUAUGUGGUGAGGUGUAUAGGAAGAUCGCCCAUUGGCUCAAUGAUAUGGAGAACUACAGACUUCAGAGUGCCUAUGAGAAUAAUCUCAUCAUUAAAAUGUUUUUUUUUGAGUUUAUAAAUUCUUACCUUAGCCUUUUCUACAUCGGAUUCUACCUCAAGGACAUGGAGCGACUAAAGGAGAUGUUAGCCACUCUCCUGAUCUUCCGCCAGUUUCUCCAGAACAUCAAGGAGGUGCUCCAGCCUUAUCUGUACGAGCACCACAAACUAGGAGUAUUUACCCCCAAGGUCGUGUGGGAGGUUCUCCAGGCCAUAGUGAUCAAGUACAGCCGCCUGGCUCUAGGAAAGGCCCAGGCUUCAUGGACUAUCCAAUCCCUGCUAGGCCCCAAAGGCCUUGCCACACAUCCUGUGAAUGGACAGACAGAACAGAACAAGAGAGGAGAUCUAAAGGCUGGCUACAGGUUCACAGAGGAAGAGUGGGACAUAAAUGACACACUGAGGCAGCGGAAGAUUAGCUUCAAUGAGAAGGUGGACGUUGCCAGGGACGUUGCCAUGGCGACCCAGCCUGAGGACAGCUUCCCGGAAGACAGUCCCACGAUGGUGGAGGAGGGCAUGGAUCCUUCCAGCAUCUUUGAGAUGGGCGACGAUGACAGUGACUAUGAGUUAUCUGAGACCAAGGAGACCAAGGAGACUAGUGUCUCCCCACCAAGUGGCUAUGACACGGUAGUAUGUCAGAGACGGAAAAAUCCAAUCCCAGAGAAAGAAUCCACAAAGUCCUGGAUUGACCCUCCUGAGGAGCCCAAGUCUGUCAUCCUCACCCAAGCAGAGAUGGAGAGCUGCAUGCAGACAUAUGAGGACACCCUGCAGGACUACCAGGAGAUGUUCAUCCAGUUUGGCUACGUCGUGCUCUUCUCCUCUGCCUUCCCAUUAGCUGCCAUGUGCGCACUCAUCAACAACAUUAUUGAGAUCCGGAGUGACGCCUUGAAGCUCUGUACUGGCCUGCAGAGGCCCUUUGGCCAGAGGGUGGAGAGCAUCGGACAGUGGCAGACUGCAAUGGAGGCCAUGGGCUUGAUAGCCAUCAUGGUGAACUGUUACCUCAUUGGCCAGUGUGGUCAGCUGCAGCGUCUCUUCCCCUGGCUGAGCCCAGAGAUGGUCAUCAUCUCCAUCGUGGUACUGGAGCAUUUUGCCAUCCUCCUCAAAUACGUCAUCCAUGUGGCCAUCCCUGAUAUCCCUGGAUGGGUCGCAGACCAGAUGGCCAAACUGGAGUACCGUCGAAGGGAGGCUUUCAAGAAGCACGAGCAUCAGGCCCAGCAGCACUUCCAGCAGCAGCUGAGGAGGCGGCGUGAGGAGGAGGAGCUGCAGCGUCAGGCUGAGCUCCAGGCCGAGGCCCGGCAGGAGAGCGAGUACCAAAAGGCUGACCACCAGCACCACCACGACAAGACCCAGGGCAAGCCUGGGGACAAGCCCAAGAGACCCAGCUCUCUGCUGGGCAACAACAACGUGAUGAAGCUCAAGCAGAUUUUCCCCCAGCAGGGGAAGUUCUCUACGGGCACAGCCCGAUCCCCUCAGUCCCCAACCGGGGCAGAAGCAAAACUACCAGGUUUCCUCAGCUUCAAGUUCCGGAAGUCUCCGGAGUUGAAGAAGGAGCCGUUGUCAGUAACACCAGCGCCGGGGACCGUGGUGACGACUGCUUCCGUGAACCAGGAGAGGUCUCAAUCCCCCAGCAGGACCUUCAGCCCAGGGAAGCUGUUCAGCUUCAGCAGGUCAGAGGGCGCAGUGGUGUGUGCGAACGGGGCUCAGCUGUCCAAACCAGGUGAUUCUGGCCCCCAAGCCGCUCCUAACACCCAGCCCACCAGGCAGGACUUGAACACAACUCCGUCAGGCGAGGAGCUACCCUCGUCUGAGAGCGAGAAGGGAGAAACGAGACUAUCUAGCGAUACUGACAACUCUGGCUCCAAGUGUUAGUCCAUCGUCAUGGCAACAUGGAACGUUUAAGAAAGGGAAGCAGAGUACGAUACAUUUUUAUCCUUGUUAAAAUGUCACCAUGUUAGAUUCAGAGUACGAUAAAAUUGUUAUACUUGUUAAAAUGUCACCGUGGUAAAUGCACUUCCUGUAGGUCAUCCUGAACAAGCUAAAUUAUGAAAUGUAAGGUCAGAAUGCAGCUGGUUUUGGGAUAAUUCUCCACAAUCCAAAUGACAGUAAAUAUAGGCUAUAUCUGUUCUAUAUACUGACUGUAUAAGUGGAUACUAUGUACAAAUUGUAACAGUUUAACCCCUUGAAUGAAGCCCAAGUACCGUCAUUAAAUACAGUUAUAAGACUGCAUGACCUGUGGUUCUGAUAAUCAUAAAGCAUUCCUGUAAGAUCUGGAUGGCAGUUUCCAUUAAAGAUUUUGUCUAUCCAUUCAUCAGAUUUGAUGUCUUAAAAGCAUGGUGAAUCAUCUGCAUGCCUGAAAUAAAUGUCUUCAAUUAUUCAGCACCUUCUAAACCAAGCCAUCAUAUAUUCCUGCAAUAGGACAGAAUAAGUACAUUCACUGUGACUGUAAGAGAUAUUCUAUUUUUCUUGACUUUGUUUUUCUAUGAAUUAUUUUAUUACAUGAAGUAGUGAAUGUACCUCAAUGAUGCAAAACACACUUCAAUAAACUUCAUCAUGAGACCACA